AAGCCCGAGCACUGAGGACCUGUCGGAAGCUCAGCGAGGCGAACCGCGGAGGUGCAAGUGCACUCGCUGCUACCAGCACUGCCCGCGCACUCACUUGUUAUCUGCUAUCGAGCCGGUCGCGAACAAAUUGCGAUAAAUCUCGCAAGUCAGCUCUGUCAGAUACUCUAGAUGGCUUGCACAUUGCCUUGUUAUUGUCCUACCGAUGGAUACACUCCGUAUUCCGCUCGAGUGCUUGAAGAAGAAGGGGAUCAUAGCGCUCUGUGUCACUUCAGCAAAGUAGAAGCAAUUGAGUGACGGGUCGAAACCGUUAGUGGCAAUCAGAAACAGGAUAUGGAAAACAGUUUCAGUAUGCAGAAUAUCCUAAGAGCGUCUCAUCCGACGCCGACGGACACCAUCGAGAAUCCACUAAUGCAUCCGUCCAUCAGCGCCAAGGAAGAGGUCUGCCAUCAGCUGGGUCAAGCUGUCCAUCGCCACCACCAUCAUCACCAGCAGCAGCAACAGCAGCAGCAAGAACUGCAGCAAAGAGACACUCCGCCAAUCCAGCACCACCAUGGCCUGAAGGGAGGUGGUAAGCAGAACGGCUUGCCGCACAAUAGACUCGUCUCGACGGCCAGUAACAAUACUGCCAGCGACCCUAGCUCCGCCGUUCAAGCACUCCCAAACGUACAGCAAAAGCCCGCAGACGAACACACGAACAUCAGCGUGUCCGACGUCGACGCAGGAAGCCACCCUGCUGAUGACGCCUGCAGUGAGAGUGAGUCCUCCAGGCGACGGCGGACACUAUUCUCCAGAAACAUGACAGCCGUACUGGAGAAUGCCUUCAAGCUGAAGAAGUACAUCUCACCACAGGAGCGAGAGAAGCUCGCCCAGCAGCUUGGCCUGCGCAACGCUCAGGUAAAAAUCUGGUUUCAGAAUCGGCGCUACAAGGAGAAGCGGUUCAUUCAGGAGCACAGGGGCAGCGGCAUGUUUGACCCGCACAUGCAGCAUCCGGGCAUGAUGCCACCUGGCUCGUAUCCACUCUACCCGCAGCCUAAUGCCGCGUACCAGGGCCCAAUGUCGCAGCAUGGCUCCACUACCAUGCUCGCCGGUCCACCCACUCCAAUGUACAAUCCGCAAGCGCACCAUCAGUUGCCAACGCCCGGCUUGACAUCGUAUCUGUCCACAACUCACCUGGCAUACCCACCACCCGGCACACCAACCUCGUUACCAAGUCAUCCCCGACCUGCCUUUCAAAUGUACGGCCAGCCGGCAUCGGGCACCAAUCAGGGCCACCCCGCCGCAAUACAAUACCAGGGGUCUCAAGACCCGUGGGCGCCCGCCCGGAGUCAGCAGCCAGCAGGCUACAGCGUCAGCAUGCCGCCCGGGCCACCCACCCCGGUGGGCGCGAUGGCCCCGUACAACUACGGUCAGCCUCACAUGGGCUACAACUACCCACCACCACCACCACCGCCAGGUGCACAGGGACCACCAUGCAUGAGCGGAGCCACACACCCGCACCAGCAGCACCAGGCAGCGCAGGGCCCACCACCGCCGGCAGCUCCCAUUAUGCACUUCACACCGCAGAAUACCACUGUUGCCCGACCACCACUCAGCACCAACCAGCAAGGAGUGUACACAGGUCCGCAAACCCAAUAGUAAACGGCAGUAGACCCAUGGUACAUGGUGUGUGGUGUCUGGUGUCUGGUGUGUGUGUGUGCUGAGUGUAGAACUGUAUACAGACUGCAGCUGAUAGAUGCGUGUAUAAUUCUUUGCGAUACCAGGACCACACAGUGUCAGGGAUCUCAAGACCCAUGGGUAUAUAAUCGGUAUUUGCACCUGAUCCCAACCACUAUCUGAGUGAUGGCGAGAGCCGAUACAUUUCAAAGGCUACAGUACGGGAGCACAAGUACCAUGGCUGCAGUCACCUGUGUAGCGUCUAGCCAGCGUGUAGCCCGUAUCAUGUGUGUCCUGUGUCCGAGGCAAACCCUUGAAGAAAGACUUGAUGGAAUGGUCACAAAUCUUUUAUUUUGUUGUGGCCGAGUUUUCCUUUUCUAUGAACUAUGGAUGCAUGUUCAAGUUAUAUUGUUGGAUGUUGAACCAACAUUGUGGACUGUGUCAAAUUGAGAGUACAAUCAUGUAUUAUUGUAAUUGAGAAACAACGUCUGUACCAAUACAGUUACUAUGUUGCAGUGUCCCGGUCCAAGUAAGUUGUCAGUGUGUAUAAUCUACAUGUAUACAGUUUACGAUCGUAUCAUCAUCUGACGUAUCGUAUCAUCAUCUGACGUAGUUACGUGUGUUAGUGUAUUAGUGCUCACGACACAUGUCAGUCAGUCUCUCCAUCAGGUCACUGUUGUGUUGGCUACUUAGUAUUAUUACUUAGCAUACCACACUCCGUAGUUACGUUCUUAGAACACACUCCGUAGUUACGUUCUUAGAAGUUUGAUACAUUUGUCGUGUGUGCUCGUGGCUUUAUCUAUCCUGUGAGUUUCUAUCUGUUGAACAUGGUGAUGUUGAUAUUGCUCAUGUACUCAUGCCAUGUUCUAUAUUCCGUAGUCUGUAAAUUCCUGCAAGAAGUGUUCUCUUGCCAACGUUUGUUUCAGGUCUUUACAUGUAUGUUCAAAUUGAUUACACUUUUUGUGAAGAGACGGAAUUAAAUUCUCGAAUGAUCACUCCGAUCUAUUAUUAAAGGGCAAGUAACUUCG